AGGUGGGGAAGGUGACAGAGGGGGGAGACAGAGGAUCAGGAUUGAGCAGUGAGAGUGUGGGGAGCUGGGGAGACACAUGGAUGUAGAAGGAAGGUGAGUGGAGACUGAACAACAUGCAACUCACUCACUGCUGCUUCAUCUUCCUGGUCCAGGGGAGCAUCUACCUGGUUAUCUGUGGCCAAGAAGAUUCCUCCAGUGACCCCGAUGAUGAAGACCAGCCAGAGUCUAAACCCCACCCAAGAACCAGAAUACCCAGGAGGAAACCUCCUUCUUCUUCUCGAUCUCGCUUCUCAAACAACCAAAAUUCCACUGUUCUCCAACUUCUGUCAAGCUCCCCUGAGUUCUGGAAUGUUCUCAGCAGUCUUUCAGAGUUGGGUCAAAAUCAAGAACCCCUGGUACCCUCCAGGAGUAGACGCCAAUCGGUUCUUAGGUCGACCGGACGAACGAAAAAAGUCUUUGGUUGGGGUGACUUCUACUCUAAUAUCAAGACGGUGAAACUCAACCUUCUUAUUACUGGGAAAGUGGUCGACCAUGGAAAUGGGUCUUUUAGUGUGUACUUCCGACACAACUCCACCGGGCAGGGGAAUGUGUCUGUCAGCCUUGUUCCACCCUCCAAAAUUCUUGACUUUGACCUGGAGCAGCAGAUGUAUGUAGAAGCGAAGGAAUCCAAGAUCUUCAACUGCAGGGUUGAGUUUGAAAAGGUGGAUAAGGCCAUUAAAACAGGUCUUUGUCCCCAUGACCCGUCAAAAACUUGUCAUCAGCAGCAAACGCACAGUCGGGUCUCCUGGACCUGCUCUCAACCUUUCAAGAUUGUUUGUGUUUAUGUCUCCUUUUACACCACUGAUUACAGGCUGGUGCAGAAGGUCUGUCCUGACUACAACUAUCAUAACAGCUCCCCUUACUCACCUUCCGGCUGAAGAAAAGACGACGAUGUUGGAUGGUGAUACCAGCAGGAAUGCCAAAAUGGAGCCAACUUUGGAACUUUUUAUGGACUUCCCGUGCCUUUGGUCUGGUCUAUUGUGGUGUCUUUGUACUUGUGGAGAAUGUGGACACAGAGUAGAACUGUCAUUCUAAGGGACUUUACACCAGGAACGUACACCGUGUCUAUGGAAUAGCCCACAUAGCAAGCUGGUGAAUAUCCGGUGUGAUCUUGCGGUGGCUUUCAAUUUACAGGCUGUUGAGAAUGUUUAUCUGUUACAGGACCAAGGUCGUAGCCCCCACACGGCAAAUAAAUUAAGGUCAAUGCCAAAAGCAGAAAGAUUACCUUUUAGAACGUUGACCCAAAGUGGUUACAUUUGUGGGCACAGUAUAAGGAAUUAUUUAGGUCAUUGGGUCGAACUGCUCCUCUGGGACUGACACUUCAACGAUGGCGUUUCCAUAAGGUGUGAUGUUCUCGACCCCCCUUUAAGAAAAAUGGAAUACUCUGUGGCUCCUGUAAAUUGUUGUACCUAAUAUGUACCCCUUUAGAGUAGCUCCAUGGGUGGCAGUGCCCAUGUUGUAGUCCCAUUCCAAAUACCUGCCAACUAGUCCUGGGACAAACAUGUACCCACAUUAACUCUAACCCUCAACCUCUGCUUCCACCCAUUACAAUAUACCAUUGACUGGGCAUGACCCAUUAUUUUCUGAAAUGAGACAACUAUUGAAAUUCUUUUUUUAUAUAUAUAUCUAUUUAUUAAUAGGAGUUCCCCAUCAGAAAUAAUUUACUUUAGUACAACCAAUGUGUAAGGUUUGGGUGUUUGUCCUAUAAUUUCAACGGUUCUGUGCUAGAUGAACAUGAUCUGUGUACACUUGCUGCAACCAAUAAACAACUCAUCUGCCGUGUGCAAGUUCUUGUCCGAAA